ACAAAGGUUCUUUUCACCGCAGCAGCAGCAGUGACGUUGUUGUUGCUUUUUCCUGCCAAUUGUUCGUGUUUCGCUGUCUCUGUCGUCUGUUGUUUUUAUCGACGCGUUCGUCGUUGCGUGCGUGUGCGUGUGAGUCGCGCCAUCUCCCCCCUCCAGCCCGUCCCACCGCCCACAAUUGUUUGUUUGUUGUCACCCCGCGAAUAUUACGAAAUGCGAAGAAAUUAACCAAAGGGAAACUUGCACCCUGCGAGAUCAAUAAGAAAAUAAAAGAAAUAUAAAUCCCUUAAUGCUAAUCAAUGAGCUGUCGCUGAGGCACAGUGGAAAAUUUUCGAAAUUCGCCAAGUGGCGACGUCAUUAGUGGUUGCUAUUCUUAUUGUCGUUGUUGUUGUUGUUGGCGCCCGUGGCCGAGUAAAAGGGCGUUGAAUUCGCUGCCCCGAAUGCCGAGAUUCUUGGAGCAUCCACAGUGGCCGCAGCAAAUCACCAAAAACACGCCGAGCACCUCAAUGCCCUUGCAUUGUCUGAUCAUCAAAUAGGCAAUAAAAAUACCCUACAAAAUCUUUGGAUUGGAUUAAAACUAAACUAAAGUAAAGGAGAGCGAAGCCAACAUUCAAAAUGAGCUUCAGUUCGGCCAGCGGCAGGGAGAAUAAUGUCCGCAAAUUAUCAUUUUUGGGAUUUAAUACCAAAAAGAAGUCCGGCAAUGAGGAUCCCGACGAAGUGCUGCUGGACUCGGAAAUGGAAAAGGUCUUUGCCGGCAAUAGUGCACGCAAGGACAAAUUUGAUGUAACCACCUUCCAGGACAAUAGCCAGCAGCCCAUAGGAUCUAGAAAGAAGAAUAGCAUCCGCACAAACGAUCUGAACAUCGAGGAGGACUCGGAGUACGAGAGCCAAACGGAGCCUUUGAACAAUGCCCAGAACUAUGAUGAUAUCCCCGAGGACUUUCCCCUAGUCUCCGAGAGAGCCGGACACGGUGAUCAUUCGGAUAAUUCGUUGGACGAGAAGCACGUCCAGUUUGGGGGCAAGAAGAAGAUUGUUGUCACCCCGCCCAGUUUGAGUUAUGAUGACCAGCCAACGGAUCAAUCGCACGAACGCAAACGCCGAAGAAGCCGCCACCAGUAUUAUAGACAGCGUAAAUUCUCACAUCAGGACAGCGUGGAACCCAAAAAGACCCUCGAGGAAAACGGUGAUGCAGGUGCGCGUCGCAUCUCUGUGCAGCCUGAGGACACGGCAUUGGAGACAAAUGGCCAAAUGCCGGCUAAACAGGAGGCUGAUCUCAAUGAGCUGAGAUCACAUCGUUCGGAUGACCCAAGGGCCCUGCGUCGACACAAGAUUCAUCACUCAUCGAUCAAGCUAAGGGAGCUGCCCCAAAUAACAAUUUCGCCGUUUACCAACAAGAAGCCCGAGGUGGACCAUAGUCCCCAUGAGAUCUUUGUGCAACUGGACGAGCUCACUGGCGUGGGCGAGGAUCGGGAGUGGAAGGAAACAGCGCGUUGGAUCAAGUAUGAGGAGGAUGUGGAGGAAGGCUCCGAUCGCUGGGGCAAGCCCCAUGUGGCCUCCUUGUCCUUCCAUUCGCUGCUCAACUUGCGUCGCUGCCUGGAGACGGGCGUGGUCCUGCUCGAUCUCAACGAGAAGGAUCUGCCCGCCGUGGCCUAUCGUGUUGUGGAACAGAUGGUGAUCGAGGACCUGAUUGACAUCAAUGACAAGCCUUCGGUGAUGCGUUCGCUGCUACUCCGCCAUCGUCAUGUGAAUGAGCACCAAGGUGUGUUGCCCUUCACCAAGAGGAAGUACAACAGCUACACCAGCCUUCAGUUUCUAUGGAUGGGUGCGGAUGGUUCCUCGCAACACCAGCAGUUCCAGCAGCAGGCACCCCGUAACCUGGCCAAGGCCAGGCGGAGCAUCUGCGUCACUUCCAGUGCCCCGCCAACGGCUGCCAUGCUGAAUGUGGCCACUGCCACCACAGCUGCCGCAGCGGCCAUCGAUCACAGGCGCCACUCCACGAUGUCCUACUUGGGUAACCUGUCCGGUGGCACCGAUGACAAGAAGAUCAAGAUUAUGCCGGCCAGCGAGAUUGGAGGCAGCAAGCGCAGCAAUGAGCUGAAGAUCGAUAUGAAGGAUGAUCUGUACUCCUCGUCGCAGGAGGAUCUCAAGAAGCUGCAAAAUGACACUAUCCUCAAGAGGAUUCCAGCGGGAGCUGAGGCCACCACUGUCUUGGUUGGUGCUGUGGAGUUCCUGGAGCAGCCAACGAUUGCCUUUGUCCGCUUGUCAGAGGGUGUCCUAAUGCCCACCCUGACAGAGGUUCCGGUUCCGGUGCGUUUCAUGUUCGUGCUGCUGGGACCCCGUAACUUUGAUCUGGACUACCAUGAGGUGGGUCGUUCCAUCUCCACGCUGAUGGCCAACGAACACUUCCACGCCAUUGCCUACAAGGCCGAUGAUCGCAAGGAUCUGCUGUCGGCCAUCAAUGAGUUCCUGGACGACUCCAUUGUGCUGCCACCCGGCAACUGGGAUCGUCAUGAUUUGCUGCCCUUUGAGGAGCUGAAGGCCAAGAAGGAUUGGAUCCGUACCCGCAAGAUCAAGGCCCUGCAGGUGAAGCGGGACAGUGAGAUGAUCAAGAUUGGCAAGGAUGAGGAGAAGGCGCUGCUGGAGAAGCAAUCCCUGGGCGCCAUUACAGGCGGACUAGGAGGAGAUGGUGGCGGUGGGGGUGAUGGUGGCUCUGAUGAUGAUGAUGGUAAGCGGAAGAAGCGACCCAGUCCGCUGGAGAAGACCCACCGUCUGUGGGGUGGCCUAAGGAAUGACCUGAAGCGCCGCAUGCCCAUGUACAAGAGUGAUAUCCUGGAUGGCCUGAACACGGAAACCCUGGCGGCCACAAUUUUCAUGUACUUUGCCUGCCUCUCGACCGCCAUCACCUUCGGAGGUCUCGUUUCCGCCAAGACCCAUGCCUGGAUUGGUAUUUCGGAGACGCUGAUCUCUUGCUCCCUGGUGGGCAUCAUAUUCCACUGUCUCUCCUGCCAGCCCCUGGUGAUCAUUGGAACUACUGGUCCUCUCCUGCUGUUCGACGAGGCUCUCAUGGUUUUCUGUACAAAGAACAACUUUGACUUUUUGUCGCUGAGAGUUUAUGUGGGAAUCUGGCUGAUAGUCAUUGCCCUGUGUGUCUCCGCCUUCGAGGGAAGCGUCUAUGUGCGCCUGCUCACGAGAUUCACCCAGGAGAUCUUCUCGGCCUUGAUUACGCUGAUUUAUAUUGUGGAAACAAUGAUGAAGCUGGUCUCGAUCUAUGAUGAGAAUCCCCUGCUAUCUGACUACAACCUGCCCCCGCCAACGCUGGUUGCUCAUGAUCAUGCCGCCAAUGGAAGUCUUUUCAAUGUGACCCAGUCUCCUGUGAUGGCCAACAUCACCGAGGGAGCUCUGAAUAUCUCCACAACGGCAAUGCCAAUGGGACCGCCACCGCUGCCCAAGAAUCAACCGAACACCGCCCUCUUCUGCACCAUCCUCACGUUGGCCACUUUUGUGGUGGCGUACUACCUGAAGCUCUUCCGUAAUUCCCACUUUCUGGGACGCAAUGCACGCCGUGCCCUUGGAGACUUCGGUGUGCCCAUCUCCAUUGCCAUCUUUGUGCUGGUCGAUUACCUGGUGCCCGCUGUGUACACGGAGAAGCUGGUGGUGCCGGAGGGCCUAUCGCCCAGUGAUCCUUCCAAGCGUGGCUGGUACAUUGGCUUUAAUGCCACCUCAACGUGGAUUCCAUUUGCCUGCGUAGUGCCCGCCCUGCUCGUGUAUAUCCUCAUCUUUAUGGAGUCUCAGAUCUCGGAACUGAUUGUGGACAAGCCGGAUCGAGGACUGAAGAAGGGUUCCGGUCUGCACUGGGACAUUGUGCUGUUGUGCCUGCUCAAUGCCGCCUGCGGUCUGUUUGGAAUGCCCUGGCAUUGUGCCGCCACUGUGAGAUCGGUGACGCAUGUCUCCUCGGUGACCAUCAUGUCACGCACACAUGCUCCUGGCGAGUCGCCCAGGAUCGUUGAUGUGAAGGAGCAGCGUUUGUCCGGCUUCUUUGUGUGCCUAAUGAUUGGCCUGUCGGUGCUGAUGGCUCCACUCCUGCGACUUAUACCCAUGGCCGUGCUCUUUGGAGUCUUCCUUUAUAUGGGUGUGGCCUCCAUGAGUGGAGUGCAGUUCUUUGAGCGAGUCCGUUUGUACUUCAUGCCGGUGAAGCACUAUCCACCGACGCCAUACGUGAAGCGGGUGCGUCCCUGGAAGUUGCAUCUGUUCACCACCAUUCAGGUGCUUUGCCUGGUGCUCCUCUGGACCGUGAAAUCAUCCAGAUUCUCGCUGGCCUUCCCCUUCUUCCUGAUCAUGAUGGUGCCCAUACGCAUGCAGCUAAGUGCGCUCUACAAACCAGAGGAGUUGCAAGCGUUGGAUGGCAGCGAGGCAAAGAAGACAGAGGAUGAGCCCGACUUCUAUGAACAAACCAAUCUACCCGCCUAGGAGGCACUGACCCACUGGAUCCACAGCCCGGCGGAUGGAAUCCGGCGACACUUAAUUAGUUUUAGAUUGAAAGUAUUAAUGCCAAGCCACGUUUUACGCUGGCCAUAGAAAAACAAAAAAGCAGAAACAAGAACACAAAACUAAUGCUAAAUAUAAAUGCAAAAUACAAAUGCGAUACAUUUGUUGCGAAAUUCUGGUGUAAACGCGUUAACGAACUACCUGCAAUUAGUAUUUAGAGACAAGGCGCCACACACCUGAAACCAAUACCACCACCAACCGUUACCAUAUUUGUAUAUCAUGAUAUAUAUGUAUGCUAUAUGCGGGUACGUCCGCACUUUUGUGAUUCUAGGACGGAAGAUGAAGCGUGUUCGCUGGGGAAUCGUGUACCUAAAUUGUAACUGAAAUCAAGAGACAUACAUUAUUAAGAUUAUUAACGUGAAUCAGUGGGAGAGAAGAGCAGUGAACAAAGCAAAGCAAAGUAAAGCAUAUUUUUGAGGGCAACUUUGCCCCGUGAGUUGAAGGCGUUACCUCUGGACUAAUCAGGAUGUUUAAGAGGAUGAGCCAGUAUCACAAGCCCACACAUAAACACACAAAAAAACUAAGAAAUCCAACAAGAAGAGAUACAAGUUAUUAAUUUAGUUGGACUCUUUCGCAUGUAUUAUUAGCAAUAAUUGCAUUUGCAUAAACACAAACUAAUUACUAUAAACUCGGAUUAGUCCCUAUCAAAUCGAAGCAAUCCACAGAAAAAACAUGGAGAACUAGGAGGACCUUACGAAACUAUUUAGCUUCAAAACUGGCGUAGUGAUAAUUAGUGUCAAACACACAAAACAAAGAACAACAAACUUAAAACUUAAAACUCCUCCCUUUAAAUCUGAUUGGAGAGAAAUCCAACGAACGAACAAUUGUUUAUAACAAAUCGUUGUAAGCCCUUCGCCCUCGGAGGUCUCCCUUCUAAAGGGAUCGCUCCCCAGGGCCGAGUAGCCGCUGUAAUUUUGCCUUCUUUGUAUUUGAAAACAAACAAAACCACAAAUGAAUCCACACAAAAAAACAAACACACACAUUGUACUUAUACAUGACUCUAUAUUAUACACUGCAUGUACUACAUACAUAAUUACAUACACUUAUAGUACGUUUCAAGGAUUAUAUUCGUUCGGAUCGGCGGAGCGCAGCUGAGAGCCUAACCUAAACUAUUUUUAUGUAACUUGUAUGUAUGAAAUUGUACUUACUUCUAAGUAGUUGUUGUCUAGUAUUGUUUAUUCAAAUUCAAAUAAAAUUACAAAAAAUUUA